GAUGUCCUGGGGAGAAGAAGACAGAAUUCCUUACGAGCGUGUUGGACGCAUUGUCCACAGACACGGUCCAUGCGGUAACUGACCCGGCCUCUGCUGGCAGGAUGCUGGAGCCAGACCCCAGUCAUACUCUGGAAGAACGAGUUGUUCACUGGUAUUUCAGUCAGCUUGACAAGAAUUCCAGCGGCGACAUCGGAAAGAAAGAAAUCAAACCGUUCAAGCGUUUACUGCGCAAGAAAGCCAAGCCCAAGAAGUGUGUGAAGAAAUUUGUAGAGUACUGUGACAUCAGCAAUGAUAAGGCCCUGUCUCUCCAGGAACUGAUGGGCUGUCUGGGUGUCACUAAGGAAGAGGGGGCAAAAACAGGUGAAGGCACAACAUGUAAACUGAUCCUGUCAAAGAAGCAAGGCUGAAGUGGCCGCAGAGAUUGUUCCCGCUCCCGUCCCGCAGAUCCUGCCCCCACCAAAAUGACGAUGGAAACCAUAGUCUUUGCACUUUGUACUUUAAAACAAUGUAAAUUCACUCUGUAGAAAAACAAGGUAUUUAAACAGACUGCUGAAUAUGUGAAUGAUGUAGUUAGCACUUUUAUGUCCUUACAACAAACAACAAAAAGAAUAAUAAUAAUUUAACACAUACAAUGUAUGUGUCCUUUG